AUUUCGACGCUCGACAGUCUCGGGCUUCCGCAGAAGCGGCAAUCGCUCACACGUCCUGAGCAGACGUAGUGCGAAGGCUCGCCUCGCCCGUUGGCUUUGACCCCACCUCACACCAUUGGCUGUGCGGUUCCAAAACCCCUAGACAUGCUAUACCUCACUGCGGACAAGUUCCCGGUCUUCGUGCCAUUCGGCAUCAUUGGCUUUUAUCGAUACUUUUGGUAUAUGAUACGCUUGGCUGCUGCCGUUGUCUAUAGACCCAUUCCGCCUCCUCCUAAUCCAACAUACAUCGCUGCAGAAGAUGUGACAAUCAUUGUUCCCACUAUCGACGCGGGAGAAGAGUUCAAAGAAGCAGCAUUUAGCUGGUUGCAAGGAUCGCCUGCUCAGAUCAUCAUCGUAACGGAACACAAGAUGAGAGGGCCCUUGCAAGCACUGGCAAAUGAGGUCGACCCCGAAAGGAUUACGGUUCUGACGGUGCCCAAGGCCAACAAAAGGUUGCAGAUGGCUCACGGGAUACGACACACGGCGACGGACAUCAUCGUAUUCGCAGAUGACGAUGCCAUUUGGCCACCCACCUUAUUACCAUGGGUCUUGGCCUGCUUCGAGGACCAAGCUGUUGGUGGUGUGGGGACGUCGCAGCGAGUCAAGCCUAUCGGUCACAGGAUGACAGUCUGGGAGACAUUGGCAGCAUUCAGACUGUCCAUCAGGAAUUUCGAGAUUGCAGCUUCCACGCACAUUGACGGUGGUGUGCCCUGCUUGUCGGGUCGAACAGCCGCGUAUCGCACCGUCAUUCUGAAGGAUCCUGCUUUCCUGCACGGCUUUACAAACGACUACUGGUUGGGCAAGUAUCUCCUCAAUUCAGGCGAUGACAAAUUCCUCACCCGCUGGCUAGUCUCGCACGGCUGGCAAACAUACAUUCAGGUAUGUCCCCAGGCCGAGCUGCUGAGCACAAUGAAACCGGAUUGGCGCUUCCUCAAGCAGGUCUUGCGGUGGACCAGGAACACCUGGAGGUCGGACAUACGCAGUAUCUUCAAGGAGAGGCAUAUCUGGACCUCCCACCCCUUUGUAGCCUACAGCAUGGUGGACAAGUUCAUCAAUCCCCUCACCCUUUUGGUUGGACCUUGUUUGGUCGCCUACCUGAUCGUCAAGAGCACGCGUCCAGUCGAAGACGGGGGAUAUCAUCUGCCUGCAUGGAACAUCAUCAUCUCCUACUUUGUCUGGAUCAUGGCCACCAGAACGGCAAAGCUUUUGCCCCACUUGUGGUACAGACCUCAAGACAUCAUCUACGUUCCAGCUUUCAUCCUCUUCGGUUACUACUUCUCCAUCAUGAAGAUUUACGCGCUCUUCACUCUGCACGAGACUGGAUGGGGAACGAGAGCGGGCAUUGGCGAGCCCGAAAAAGCUGGUCAAGCUGCUGCUGAGGCGGAUGUCGCUGGUGCGCCAUACGCGGGCGAGCGCCCUCUCGCUGCUGCGCAGCACAGCGGUCAGAAUGCAGAGUCGCGAUCUAGCACGAGCAACGGCGCUAGGAUGGGCGAAGCAUACGCUCUCAAGUACCACCCAACGCAAUAUUCCCAAGAUUCUGUCGAAUUGGGAGCUCUGAGGAGAUAAAUUGCAGGCCGAGGCAUCACUCUUGCGUACAGCCGUUGCACUCCCGUCAUGGGCACAAUUCAGCCCUAUGCAGUACCAGUCCGAUUUACCCUUGGCUGCCGGGAGGACGCUCGUACAGUUCCCGAAUCCUUCAAUCGCAUCAACUAUACCCCGCCUUUGCAGCUUGCAGUAUGACGCCGUGGCGUGACUCUGCUGGCACGUGUCUGUCAUCAAUUUGCAUGGCAUUGAGACGAGGAAAGGGUCCUAGCUGAGAGCAACGAGUAACAAGAAAGUGAUGAUGACGGCCUGCG